AAUAAUAAAGCCUGGUAAAGAAAAUAAGGUGAAAUAAACCAGGUGAAAAACUAGGGUGUAAAUAAAUAUCCAAAAUGGCUAAACAAAUUAAUAUUAUUUUUGUUAGUUUUCUCGUUAUUAAUGUAGCUUUUUCAAUCAAUGCGCAAACUCCUAUUCCAGCAAAUAAAGCUGAAAUCAAUAAAUGGUUUCAAACUGCAAUUAAACCAAUUGGUAAACAAACUUCAUUAGAACCUAACGUAAUUAAAGCAGAGAAUGGAGGUGUACAAAUCAUCGAAGUGAAACAAGACGGAACUGGAAAAUUUAAGACAAUAUCAGAUGCUGUUAAACAUGUUAAAGUCGGAAAUCAAAAGCGAGUAAUUAUCAAAAUUGGUCCUGGAGAAUAUAGAGAAAAAGUUACAAUCGAAAGAUAUCAAUCCUAUAUCACAUUUUUAGGUGAUCCAAAAAAUAAGCCAACAAUAACAUUUGCUGGAACCGCUCUUCAAUAUGGAACAGCAGAUAGUGCAACAUUGAUUGUAGAAGCUGAUUAUUUUGUUGCUGCAAAUAUAAUUGUUUCGAAUUCAGCUCCAAGGCCAGAUGGUAAAAGAAAGGGUGCACAAGCUGUUGCAUUGAGAAUCACCGGUGAUAAAGCUGCUUUUUAUAACUGUAGAUUUAUCGGAUUUCAAGAUACCGUUUGUGAUGAUAGGGGAAACCAUCUAUUCAAGGAUUGCUAUAUCGAAGGAACCGUUGAUUUUAUCUUUGGCAGUGCAAGAUCACUGUAUUUGAACUGUGAGAUUAAUGUUUUACCGGGUGAUAAUUACGCGGUGAUUACUGCUCAUGGAAGAAAGAAUGCAAUUGAAAGAGGAGGAUACUCGUUUGUACAUUGUAAAGUAAUUGGAUCAGGUGGUAAUGCACAUUUAGGUAGAGCAUGGUUUGAAGCUGCUCGGGUUAUUUUCUCUUAUUGUGAUAUUAGUGAUGUCAUUAAAUCUGAUGGAUGGUCCGACAACAACAAGCCACAAGUUCAAAAGACUGUGUUCUUUGGAGAAUUUAACAAUAAGGGUUUGGGUGGAGCAACAGACAAAAGAGUUCCAUAUACAAAGAAGUUAACUCAUGUACAGGCUAAGACAUUUAUUAGUUUGGAGUAUAUUGAUGGAGCAAAGUGGCUACUUCCACCACCUCAAUUGUAAAGCUUAUUUGAUUCAUCAUAACCAAAAACAUCACAAUACAACUUUUAAAAUAAGUACUUUAAAAAAUCACAUUUAUGUUUAAUUAUGUACAAUAUGUGCUUUGCAUAUAAAAAUGUAAAAGCUGUUUAUUAGAUGGUCAAUUUUGUUUAAAAAUUAAUGUAUAAUUUUUAGUGAAUGUUUUGUGAGGCAAUAUAGCAUAAAAUGUAGAAUGGUCG